UCUGGUAGUUAUGACAACCGCUAAACAACGGACAAGUCAUAAAAGUCAACUCUUAACCUCAGCCUAACAGCGAUAUCACGAAUUUGAUCGAAAAUUUAUUGGUUUGAUCAAAAUAAUAACUUCAAUCGUCUCCCUGCCUAAGCACUUACAUAAUUGAUAUAAUGACAUCGCAAGAAAAGACAAUGAAACAACUUGAGAACAUGGAGAAACUUAUAGAACGAUCUAUUCAAAACCGCCGAAAAAAAUCUAUAUCGAAUGAAUACACCAAUCUGUUGCAACAAGAGAUGCAAAUUGAAGAAGUCGACGAGAAAUCAAUACGAUCCAUUCAAAACCUACAUGCAAAUCUUAAACCCUCUUUAUUAGAAAGUCGCUCAUUAGAGCUUAAAGAUCAAGUCCAACAGAACGAAAAGCGAUUAGAAGAACUGCGAGAUAAGAUAGAUAACUUAAUCAUUAAAGCAAUAGGAGACACUGAAAUGAUGAAAAUUGAGCAAGCGGAGAAAGAAAAGAAGAUUAAAGCUUACUAUGCAAAUGAAACUGCAAAAGCAUUGCAAGAAAUGGUCGUUUUGAACGUUAAAUGUUCCACAAUUGAGCAAGAGAUUAGAAAUCAAAUCACUGUGGAAUCAGCCACAAGAAGAGCAAAGUUGAACGACAUAAAAAAUAAUUUACAGCGGCAAAUAACGGAGAGAAACGCUGAAUAUUUUAAUGAGCAAAGUAAAUGUAACGAGCUCUGGAGGAAGCUGGAUAAUUUGAAGGCGCAGGCGGCAAAAGACACAAAAACAGCCAAUAAUAAAACUAAUGUUAUGGUGUUUGAGAGUACUCAACUAAAACUGGCAAAUCCAAGCAACUCACUGGAUAACUGCGUGGCUAAGCCUAGAAAUGCUGCAGGCGAAAAUGUGGGGCAUUCUUUUCCAACAGAAAUGGACGUUUCCUCAACUGAUAUUAACAUUGAUAUAAAGCCGGACGACUUAUUGAAGAACGCAUAUUUGCAGUUUGAGCGCGACUUUUUCAAUGACCCAACUCUUAAUCGGCAAAAUUUUAAUUCAAAUCCUGUUAUCCAAAAAAUCAAAACAGAAAACCACAACUUUUCGAAACCUUUACAAAAACCUAGCGAUUCUUCGAGUGAAAACAUAGAAAUAUCAGAUGAUUUACUGGACAACAAUAGCGAAACGAACCAAGCUGCGAGCCCAUACAGAAAGUUGCCGAAAAUAUUCAGGGGAACAGGUCAGAGAAAAUCGUACUACCAUAACUAACUUUUGUGUUAAUUUGAAUAACAACGAUAUUGAUAAGCAUACAGGAUGUUGGAUAGUUCAGGUGCAUAAUCAAAAUAGCUGACUAAGUGUAUCUUUAAUGAUUGCAUAAUGCUUAUUUUGUAAAAUAAAGAUAUAAUAAUCAAUCGUC